CUGUUGUUGACGUACUGCCGCCUCCACAUUGUGAAGCUGUCACGGAGUACAGGGAAUAAUUUUAAAGAAAACGCAAACCUCUCCUCAUGGCUCCCGUGUCGAACCCCGAUAAAGACAUGGAGGCUCCGGACGGCGAUGAUAGAGGCGACUCCUGCGGUCUGGCCAAGUCUCGAUCCAGGCGGGAGAAGAAGGAGAAAGUUGGGAGGAAGUCUGCCCUCGAGCAGCUCAAGAAAGCCAAGAAGGGAGAGAAGAUCAAAUAUGAGGUGGAGGAAUUCACUGGUGUGUAUGAAGAAGUGGAUGAGGACCAAUACUCUAAAAUGGUUCAAGAGAGGCAGGAGGAUGACUGGAUCAUUGAUGACGAUGGAACGGGAUAUGUGGAGGAUGGAAGAGAAAUCUUCGACGAUGAUCUGGAUGACGACGUGGUCGAAAAGAAACAAGGAAAAGGAGGCGCCAAAGGAGCAGAUUCAAAGAAAGCUGUGAAGAAACCUGUUGUAUCAAAGCCCAACACCAUCAAGAACCUCUUCAUGAACAGCAACGUCAAGCGGCCAGCAGAGAAAGACGUGGACCUGUCCAAAGACGACCUGCUGGGAGACAUCCUGCAGGACCUGCACUCAGAGAAAUCAAGUCUUCUGACUCCUCCUCCAGUGGUCACUCUCAAGAAGAAGAAGCCGGUGGGAUCACCCAUCAAUCCUUUCUCCAUCAAACCUCAGGCUCCGAAGGAGUCGCCCACACCUUUGGGGUCAAAGCCUAAAGUGAUCAGACCACCUCCCUCAGACCCCGCCCCCAAACCUGCGGCCCGCCCUCCCGCCUCAUCCUCACCUCCUCCAGAAAAGCUGACGCCGAAAGUCGAGGCGUUGAAAGAAGAUGACGAAAGCGCCGCUCUGGCGUUCGACAGUGCCGACUUCGACGAGCCGAUGGAGGUCGACCUGGAGGAGGAGAAACCUGAAGUGAAGGACGAGCCUGAGGCAAAAGCGUCUGCAGUGAAAGCCGAGCCCAAAGCCGAGCGGCGGGACCCCUUCCUCCUCAGCUCCAGCAGAAUCGGGAGCUCCUGGGGACAAGAGGAGGAGAGCGGAGUGAGUGAAGCUCGGGCGGAGGUCCAGGUGGACUCCAGCCGGCUCCCCCUGGUGGACGGACCCGACGGGGAGCAGGUUUUCCGCUUCUACUGGCUGGAUGCCUUCGAAGACCAGUACAACCAGCCAGGUGUGGUGUACCUGUUCGGUAAAGUAUGGAUUGAGUCCGCGGAGUCUCACGUGAGCUGCUGCGUCUCCGUCAGGAACAUCGAGCGCACCAUCUACUUCCUGCCUCGAGAAUACAAAACAAACCCGAAGACAGGAGAGGUGUCGGACACGCCCGUGGGGAUGAUGGACGUCUACCACGAGUUCAACGAGCUGUCUGAGAAGUUCAAGAUCAUGAAGUUCAAGUCGAAGAAAGUGGAGAGAAACUAUGCAUUCGAGAUCCCCGACGUGCCCAGUCAGUGCGAGUACCUGGAGGUCCGAUACUCGGCUGAGUUUCCAGCUCUGCCCUCUGACCUCAAGGGGGCGGCCUUCUCCCAUAUUUUCGGCACCAACACCUCCAGUCUGGAGCACUUCCUCCUCAGCAGGAAGAUCAAAGGCCCCUGCUGGCUGGACAUCAAGGCGCCGCAGCUGAUGGGCCAGCCGGUCAGCUGGUGUAAGGUGGAGGCCCUCGCCCUCCGCAGCGACUCCGUCUCGGUGGUGAAGGAUCUCCCCCCGCCGCCGCUCACCGUCAUGUCCGUCAGCCUGAAGACGGUGCAGAACCCCAAGACUCACCAGAACGAGAUCGUGUCCCUCGCCGCGCUCGUGCACUACCAGUUCCACAUGGACAAAGCCGCUCCGCAGCCGCCCUACCAGACUCACUUCUGUGUGAUCAGUAAACCAGCUGACUGCAUCUUCCCCUACGACUUCAAAGAGGCCGUGAGGAAGAAGAAUGGGAAGGUGGAGAUCGCCGCCACAGAGCGGACGCUGCUCGGCUUCUUCCUGGCGAAGAUGCACAAGAUCGACCCCGACAUGCUGGUGGGUCAUGACAUCUUCGGCUUCGAUCUGGAAGUUCUUCUGCAGCGCAUCAGCGUGUGUAAGGUUCCUCACUGGUCAAAGGUCGGACGUCUCAGGAGGGCCAACAUGCCCAAAUUAGGGGGUCGCAGCGGCUUUGCGGAGAAGAGCGCCACCUGCGGCCGCCUGGUGUGCGACGUGGAGAUCUCGGCCAAGGAGCUGAUCCGCUGCAAAAGCUACCACCUGACGGAGCUCGCCGCGCAGGUGCUGAAGACGGAGAGGACCACCGUCCCACAGGAGGAGAUCAGAAACCUCUACAGCGACUCCCCUCACUUGCUCUACCUGCUGGAGCAGACCUGGACGGACGCCAAGCUGAUCCUGCAGAUCAUGUGCGAGCUCAACGUGCUGCCGCUCGCCCUGCAGAUCACCAACAUCGCCGGGAACGUCAUGUCUCGCACUCUGAUGGGCGGCCGCUCUGAGAGGAACGAGUUUCUGCUGCUUCACGCCUUCCACGACAAAAACUACAUCGUCCCUGACAAGCCCUCCUUCAGAAAGACCCAGCUGGAGCUGGUGGAAGGUGAAGAGGAUGUGGAUGCCGGUAAAGGCAAAAGGAAGAAGAAAGCUGCUUAUGCUGGAGGUCUGGUGCUGGAUCCAAAAGUCGGUUUCUACGAUAAGUUUGUCCUGCUGCUGGACUUCAACAGUCUGUAUCCGUCCAUCAUUCAGGAGUUCAACAUCUGCUUCACCACUGUUGAGAGGGAGGCGUACAACUCCAAGAAGAGGAAGAACGAGCAGGACGACGAGUCGGAGGAGAUCCCAGAGAUUCCCGAUCCCAACCUGGAGAUGGGAAUCCUGCCCAAGGAAAUCCGAAAGCUGGUGGAGCGACGCAAACACGUCAAACAGCUGAUGAAGCAGCAGGACAUCAACCCAGAUGUCUACCUGCAGUACGACAUCCGUCAGAAGGCCCUGAAGCUCACGGCCAACAGCAUGUACGGCUGCCUGGGGUUCAGCUUCAGCCGCUUCUACGCCAAGCCGCUCGCCGCUCUGGUCACGCACAAGGGCCGAGAGAUCCUGAUGCACACCAAAGACAUGGUGCAGAAGAUGAAUCUGGAAGUCAUCUACGGGGACACGGACUCCAUCAUGAUCAACACCAACAGCAGGGCUCUGGAUGAAGUCUUCAAACUUGGCAAUAAGGUGAAGGCAGAAGUAAACAAGCUGUACAAGCUGCUGGAGAUCGACAUCGACGGCGUGUUCAAGUCACUUCUGCUGCUGAAGAAGAAGAAAUACGCGGCCCUGGUGGUGGAGCAGCAGGGCGACGGGCGGUACAGCGUCAAGCAGGAGCUGAAAGGUCUGGACAUCGUGCGCAGAGAUUGGUGCGACCUGGCCAAGGAAUGUGGCAACUAUGUGAUCGGUCAGAUCUUGUCCGAUCAGAGUCGCGACGCCAUCGUGGAAAACAUCCAGAAACACCUGAUCGAGGUUGGCGAGAAGGUCGCCAGCGGAGACAUUCCGCUCAGCCAUUACGAGAUACACAAGGCACUAACUAAAGACCCUCAGGACUACCCGGAUAAGAAGAGUCUCCCUCACGUCCACGUGGCUCUGUGGAUCAACUCCCAGGGGGGUCGCCGGGUCAAAGCUGGGGACACCAUCUCCUACCUCAUCUGCAAGGACGGCUCCACGCUGGCGGCCAGCCAGCGGGCCUACGCCCUGGAGCAGCUUCAGAAGCAGGAGGGGCUCAGCCUGGACAACCAGUACUACCUGGCCCAGCAGGUUCACCCCGUGGUGUCUCGCAUCUGCGACCCCAUCGAGGGCAUCGACAGCGUGCUCAUCGCCACGUGGCUGGGUCUUGACCCGAGUCAGUUCAGAGCUCAGCAGCAGCACCAGAGGGAGGAGGAGGCCGACGGCAUGCUGGGAGCCCCGGUGCAGCUGACCGACGAGGAGCGCUACCGAGACUGCGAGAGGUUUACCUUCACCUGUCCCCAGUGCGGCACCGACAACAUCUACGACAGCGUGUUCGAGGGCGCCGGUUUGAGUUUGGAGCCCAGCCUGACGCGCUGCUGCCACAUCCCCUGCGGGGCAUCGCCCAUGGACCACGCCGUCAACAUCAGCAACAAACUCCUGCUCGACAUCCGCCGCCACAUCAAGAAAUACUACUCCGGCUGGCUGGUGUGUGAAGACCAGGCCUGUCAGAACAGAACCAGGCGUCUGCCCAUCGCCUUCUCCCGACACGGACCCAUCUGCCCCGCCUGCACCAGGGCGACGCUCAGACCCGAGUACUCCGAGAAGGCCCUCUACAACCAGCUCUGCUUCUACAGGUUCAUCUUCGACUGGGAUCAUGCGGUGAACAAAGUGCUGCAGUCGGAUGAGAAACCUCGCGUUAACAAGAUGGCCCGGCAGAAGGAGGUGUACCGGCGGCUCAAGGAGGUUCCCGACAGAGCGCUGGCCACCAGCGGCUACUCGGAGGUGAACCUGGCCAAGCUCUUCCAGGCGUUCUCCUCCAUCAAGUAGACUCGGCCUGACGCGUCUGCCUUCCACUGUCUAUGCCUUCCAAACGCAACAAGACCGGCCAUUUUUAGGCUCUGGCCUCUCCACCCCGGUAUCCUCUCCUCGGGAGCUAAUCGGCCUUGUUCUAAGGCUGAAAACCCAAUUACACCUUCACCUUUGGCGGCGGCGCCGGCAGAGAAACAUGCAACACACAUGCGCUCGCGACUUGACCUCAUCACCCUGCCUCUGUAUAGUAAAGGGGAGUAGCAAUCAUACCUAAAUGACAGUCUAUUGUGUGUGUGGAGGCCAGCUGGGCCCAGAUGUGUGGAUAUGUGUGUGUGUGUGUGUGUGUGUGCGUGUAGAAAUGACUUACCCUCCAAAAGCCGCUAAUUAGCCAAUGAUAGUGACCCCGGCCUCUAAGACCACUGGACGCCCGCGGCGAUCGGACACUUGUUCUGAUUACCGCCAUUCAUCUCCCGUGUGCGUGCGUGUGUGUGUACGUGUGUGUGUGUGUGUGUGCGCGUGAGCAAGAGAUCAGUGGAUGAAAGAAAGGAGCAAGGAGGAUGCAGGGAGUGACGGGGUGAGCGAGGCCACACGCGCUGCUCCCUCGCUCUUUUGUCCGGGUAUCGAACAGCUGAUCUCCUUCUCCUCCACCGCCUCUGUUUAACCGAUGUCAUUUCAGCCCUUUCACUCCGUUUUUCUUUCUUUCUUUUUUUUUCUCCCUCCCUCCCUCUUCUCUCCGUGCAAAUUGUUUUAAAGCGUGUAAUUUUCGAUGUAUCUGAGCUGUAUCUCUCCGCAGGAUUUGUUUCACUGUUUCUCGUCUCUUUGUAAUGACCACAACGUUUUCCUGUGGAGUGUUUUGAUAUUGAUGAGAGCAUUUUUUAAUACUGAAACCUCAAUAAAAAAAUGAAGUGGU